AUGCUCUGGAACUGGUACACGAUAGACGCCUGCUUCCUCUCGCCAAACUGGCGCGUCACGACCCGGGGCAUGUUCGCGGCCACGUGCAUCGGCGUCAUCCUCCUCGUCAUGCUCGUCGAGUUUUUCCGCCGCCUCGGCAGGGAAUACGACGCCUUUCUCCUCCGCCAGUUCCGGCGCGAGUUGGCCGGCCGAUACGUCGGCGGGAGCAGUGCGGCCGCCCGCGUCGUCGUGCUUCGCGCCACGCUCCUCCAGCAGCUCACGAGGGCCGUCCUGCACGCGCUGACGUUUGGGAGCGCCUACGUUGUCAUGUUGCUCGCCAUGUACUUCAACGGCUACGUCAUCAUGUGCAUCUUUGUCGGCGCCGGGCUGGGCAAGUUUGUCUGCGACUGGCUGGAGGUCAGGAUGGACAGGGACGGCGGUGACGGUGAAGGCGGAAAGCAGCCUGGCCGGGUUCGCGGCGGCAUCGAGGAGCCCAGCGUCUGCUGCGGGUGA